CGCGGCCCCCAGAGCCCUUCUGCAGCCCCUGAGGAGCUAGGGCGACGACGAGGCUGCCCGGCGCCGAAACCAUGAACCGGAGUUUCCACAAGUCUCAGACCCUGCGCUUCUACGACUGCAGCGCCGUGGAAGUCAAAAGCAAGUUUGGGGCCGAAUUCCGGAGGUUCUCCCUGGACCGCCACAGGCCGGGCAGGUUUGAGGAUUUCUACCAGCUGGUGGUGCACACCCACCGGCUCGCCAGCACCGACGUGACCAUCGGCUACGCAGAUGUGCAUGGAGAUCUGCUGCCCAUCAACAACGAUGACAACUUCUGCAAGGCCGUGUCCAGCGCCUGUCCCCUGCUCCGUGUCUUCGUCCAGAAGCGAGAGGAGGCUGACGGUUGCAGCUUCGGGGCGGGCGCCCUGUCCAGGAAGAGGCGGGUGCUGGCAGCCCUGCGGGAGGAGGGCCUGCGCCGCCGUGCACCCCCAGCCAUCGGCCUGCCGCGAGACUUCCGGCCUGUGUCCUCCAUUAUCGAUGUGGACAUCCUGCCCGAGACGCACCGCAGGGUAAGGCUGUACCGGCACGGCUGUGAGAAGCCAUUGGGAUUCUACAUCCGGGACGGCACCAGCGUACGGGUGACCGCCCAGGGCCUGGAGAAGGUCCCGGGCAUCUUCAUCUCUCGCAUGGUGCCCGGCGGCCUCGCAGAGAGCACUGGGCUGCUGGCCGUCAACGACGAGGUGCUCGAGGUGAACGGGAUCGAGGUGGCGGGGAAGACACUGGACCAGGCCACAGACAUGAUGAUCGCCAACAGCCACAACCUCAUCAUCACGGUCAAGCCGGCCAACCAGAGGAACAAUGUGGUGCGCAGCAGCCGCACCUCGGGCAGCUCCGGCCAGUCCACGGACAGCACAGCCAGCCCUCACAGCCUGCCACCUGCACACGUGCUGCAGAACUUCCACCCUGAUGAGAUGGAGAGCGACGAGGAAGCUGACAUAGUCAUCGAGGGCUCUCUGGAGCCCCAGCCCGCGCCCCGGACGCAGCUGGCGCCUCCGGGCAGCCUCACGCGCAUCAAUGGUGCCAGCCUCGCUUACCGGUUGCACAGGGACCUCACCCUCAGUGGCUCAGGGCGCGAGGACAACGGCAGCAUUCACAGACUGCUCAGCUCCCUCAAAGCAGAUCCCCGCCACAGUCUAGCUCUUCCCCCAGGAGGUGUCGAGGAGCACGGGCCGGCGGUCACCCUCUAGCGGCUCCUGGGCAUGAGCUGCGCGUCCCAACAGGCUGAUUGUGCAGAGCCUUGCGGAGACACGGGCUGAGGAAAGAGCUGUAACAGGAGGCGGCAAGAACUGACACACGGGGAUGAGUACAGUUUCCACAGGGGAAUAUUUUUUUUUUAUUCCAAUUGUAAAAUAAGAAAAAUUGUAUACUUCUACCUGCUCCUUUUUGUUUUUGAGUUUAUCGCCUUUUCCCACAACCGAAUCCUUUAUUUUCAACUCACUGACUAGAAAAUAAAAAAUAACUCUAUUUUUAUAGGAUUUCUCCACAGAACUUACAGGUGUUAUAUUGAAGUCCGCAUGCAGUUCCUGGCUCCUUUAUAAAUUGAUAGACAGGAUCUGACUACGUGCAGAAAAUACUUCUUUUAGUUCGUUAAAAAUGAAGCUUUAAAAUUACUUCCUUCAAAUGGCCAAAUUCAUUUUUUUGACUGCAUCCUGCAAAAGUAUCCCUGUGACACCGGCAGACUUGCUGGGGCUGCACUCCAUGAAGGAGGCUUGGCAGGAAGGUGAUGGGACUGACACGUAAAAGCAAACACACCAGAACUUGUGCUAAGUGUGGCCAUAAAAGAUGAACCAAGUCGUCACAACAUUUUAGUCAUGUUUCAA